AGAAGUGGGGUAGAAGACAAGAGAAACGGCUUCCUUGUAAUCUUCUUUUAUUAAUACUGCCACCCCGUAAAACACACACACACACGCUCUUCAUCUCCAACACACCUUUAAUUUCUUUGGCUAUAUUUUUGUCUCCUUAUUUCAUUCUUCCACAUAUUCCCUUUUUCUUUUUUCUUUUUUCUUUUUGUACUUUUAUUCUUCUUCAACCAUUUUCAAGGGUUUGAAAAAUAUCUAUUUGUUGCUUUUAUCUAUAAAUCUUUCCACUUUUUCCUCAGUGGUGGUGUUGGAUUAAUUUGUGGGCUGCGUUACAAGUGUAAUUGUGGGUUUCAUUUUAGCCUUUGAUCUGUAAUUUAAAUAGAAAUACAGUUACAAAAAAAGGAGAAAAAUGUGGGGUAUCACUAGAUUUUGGGAAAAAGUUUAUAUUUUGGCAGAAGGGGGAUCUGAAUACUGUUCAAAGAAGAAGGAUGAUAUUUGUAAUGAGUUUUGUUGACUGCAGGAAGCUGGUCGAACAUUGAGCAUGUCGAGACUAAAAUGCGUCCUUCGUGGCUUGGACCUGAAAACAUAUAUCUUUCUUUUUUUGUUGGUUCCAACCUGCGUGUUUGGUAUAUAUCUGCAUGGACAGAAAAUCACGUACUUUUUACGACCUUUAUGGGAGAAGCCGCCAAAGCCUUUCCAUGAAAUGCCUCACUAUUAUCAUGAGAAUGUGUCGAUGGAGAAUCUCUGUAAACUUCACGGAUGGGGAAUUCGAGAGUACCCUAGGCGUGUCUUUGAUGCAGUGUUGUUCAGUAAUGAGUUGGAAAUGCUGACCAUACGGUGGAAAGAGUUGUACCCUUAUAUAACAGAGUUUGUUUUACUUGAAUCCAAUUCAACAUUCACCGGAUUGCCAAAGCCUUCGUACUUUGCUAGUCACAGAGAUCAGUUUGAAUUCGUUGAAUCAAGGUUGACAUACGGACAAAUCCCCGGGAGAUUUAGGAAAGGAGAAAACCCUUUUGUUGAGGAAGCUUAUCAGAGACUGGCAUUGGAUUAUCUUCUCAAACAAGCUGGUAUUCAGGAUGAUGAUUUGCUCAUAAUGUCGGAUGUUGAUGAGAUACCUAGUAGACAUACCAUUAACCUCUUGAGGUGGUGUGACGAAGUACCUUCAGUUCUUCAUCUCCGAUUGAAGAACUAUCUCUACUCUUUUGAAUUCCUUGUGGAUAACAAUAGUUGGAGAGCUUCUGUUCACCGCUACCAAUCUGGUAAGACUAGGUACGCACAUUUUCGACAGUCAGAUGUCAUAUUGGCAGAUGCAGGAUGGCAUUGUAGCUUUUGUUUCCGCCACAUAAGUGAGUUCAUAUUCAAGAUGAAAGCCUACAGCCAUUUCGACAGGGUUAGAUUUUCUCAUUUUCUGAAUCCAAAGAGAGUGCAAAAGGUAAUUUGUGAAGGAGCUGAUUUAUUUGAUAUGUUACCGGAGGAGUACACAUUCAGAGAAAUCAUAGGCAAAUUGGGACCUAUUCCCCACUCCUACUCUGCCGUUCACCUUCCAGCUUAUCUUUUGGAAAAUGCAGACCAAUAUAAGUUUCUCUUGCCCGGUAAUUGCAUGAGAGAAAGUGGCUGAUCCGGGAGUUUUAAGUUCUGUUUUCUUUUCGUAAAUGUCGAGGGUGCAGUUUCGCAUUGCUCCUUGUGAAGCAAAUAGAGGAUCCUCAACAUGUCCAACAGUUACAUCUCCAGAAACUAUUUGGAAUGUUUGGAUGAAUACUCAGAUUUGGGAAUUGAAGGGUUUUUUGUAUAUAAUUCUUAGAGAAGGUUUUUCCAGGAUCAGGCAUGUCUGUUCAACGAAUGGGGAGUUUGCUGUGCGGAUCAGCUGUUAUUAGUUUAAAGUUGUGCAUAACUCUGUAUCCUAUAGUCUACCUACCAUUCCUGAUUAUGCUCCGGGAUAACAUUUUACAUUUUUUGGGGCUUUUCCUCAUGUUGGGAAAUUUUUGAAUAGGGACUAAUUUAUUCAUAUAUAUUCUUGUCUUGCAUUUUCUCUC